UAUUGAAUAUUAUCUGUUGACAGUUGUUCCCGAAGAAAGCUCAAAGAUUUUUUUUGUUUUAGCCGACUUAUGCUACAAGAGAAGGUCUGCUGUGCCUUUCAGCUGAAUUGGGACGCAUGUCCUGAACCUCUCACAGCUCCACUUAAACCGAGAGAUGGAUGAAGAUGAACGGCAGAGGAAACUAGAGGCUGGGAGAGCGAAGCUUGCUAGCUUCCGACAAAAGCGGGCGAAAGGCGACGGUGCGGGGGCGGCGAAAAAGACGCAGAAGAGGAAGGGCCAGACUGUCUCGCAGAAUGACGGCACAGCGCAAGACCGUCGCGUAGAACCGGCAGCUCCUUCAGCCAGUGAUGCAGAGCUGAGCAACAAGACCAACCAUGAGGAACCCCAGCAGGCAGAGAAAUCGCAGGUUCAGCAGAACCAGCGACAGAAGGAACAGCCCCCCGUUCCAGAGCAAAGCCCGUCCCCUGUGGAAGAUUUUAGAGAAGAGGAGCUAGUUGCUCUCACUGGAAAAGAGCAGCUCAAGCAGUUACAGCAGGCUGUGGAGAAACGUAAUGAGAUAAUUGCCAAGCUCAGCUCCAACCUGCAGGAGGCCCUGGCCAGUAGAGACAAGGUACAGCUAGAGGCACAGUCACUUGCUGGGCAGAUUCAGGCGUUACAGAGACAGCUCCAGCAGACCAGUGUAGAGUUCCUUCGCAUCAAAAGUCAGUCAGGGCCUGAAGUCCUCAACAGUCAUAGACAACAGCAUCAGCAUGGCCAUUGCUCUCAAGAUGCAGACAUCAAUCCUAAGGAGGCACCAUCAGGGGAAUCAGGGAGUGCAGGACCUGGCUUCCAGUCAAGUGUUGAAGGCUUCAGCACUGACAUUGAAAGUGAUACAGAUGCUGUUCUCCGUAAACUGAGGGCUGAGCUGGAAGAAGAGAGGGAGAAUAGCCAACGCGUAUGUGCUGAACUAGCGAAGGAGAUGGAUAAACACCAACAUGUGCUUUCUUUACUGGAGAAGGAGAAGAAAGGCAGGGAAGAGGAGCAAAAAGAAAGGGAGGCACAGUUGCAAGACCUCCAGGUCCAACUUAGCUCAGUCCAAACUCAGUGCCUUGAGAUGCAGCAGUACAAGAUAGAGAAGGAGAAGCUGAACAGAGAAGUCCUGGAGCUGAGGAAAAGGCUUCAUGAGGAAGAAGAUUCUGCCCUUCGUCUCCAGAGCCUUGAGGAGGAAAGACAGAGACAGGAGGAGGAGAUACAGAGGCUUAAAGAGGAGCACAGAGAGGAGGUGGAGAGAGUCAGGCAGGUGUUGGAGGAGAGGGAGAAAGAACUGAAGUUUAGAGAGGAAGAGGUCAACGGACUCAAAGCUUCUAAGAAUCGGCAGAACCAAGCGAAAGCUGGUUUUAGUUGUGAUGAAAGGUUUAGCAUAGAUGAGGCUAAUCUGGAAAGCGGACCUGAACACGACGACACGAAUGUAUCAAUACCUGGGGAUAUUACGAUGGAGCGCUACUUGUCUUCAGCUCCUCUUGCACACUCACAAUCUUCCGUGGUGAAUGAAAGCUUUGAACACUGCAGUCAGCUGGACAUCUCUGCGGACUACAGUUUUGAGCUGAACAGUGAAGUGUUGGGAGAUGAGCCUCUGUUGUCAAUUUCGAACCGUUUCCCUGAAGAAAACGACAACCUCCACAACAGUUCUAGCCCACUCUGCUCCCCUGGCGUCCCUGUGGCUGAUAAUUCCAACCCUCAGUCUCCAUCUCAGUGGCUUCACAACUCCACUUCCGCCGAACUAGAGAUGAGUAAACUGUCCGAGCAGCAGUUUGAGGAGACCGACCUGGAAAAAGAGCUGCUGAAUCAGCAAUGUGGUGAGCUCCGUGAGGAGCUUGCUCUUAAGGACAGGGACUUGAAUGUGUUGAGAGAGGAAAUCAUCAAGACUGCUGAAGAGCUGGAGGAGGCCAGAGACAGGUGGGCCCAAGUAACAGAAGAGCUCAGGCAGGCUCUCUGGGAACUUGAAGAGGAGAAGGAGAAGAGGAGACAUGUUGAGGAGGAGGUGACCUUGAAAGACCAUGAACAAGACAACCUGAAGAACAAACUCAAUGCCUUAAUGGAAGAAAAGGAAAAGGAGAAUGCAGUAAUGUCGAUGGGAAAGAAGGCUGCUGAAACCUCUCUGCUGGUCCCGGCUACCCCUUUAUCAGAAGAGGGAGAUAAACUGGUAGGGGAGCUUAGAAAUGAUCGGAAGAAGGAGGCUGCACUCCCGUCUCAUCAAAAACAGCAGGAGCUGCUGUUAUUGUCUCUGCAGGAGAUAAAGCAGGCUUCAGAAUCUGCCAAACACAGCCCAGGGCUCAGAGAUGACAACCAGCUGCAAACACUGCAGGCUCACUGUGAACUUCUCCUGUCCGAGCUAGAAGAAACAAAAACAACAAAUAAAACCACAGCAUCCCUACUAAGUCAAAGGACUAUGGAAUUGAAUGAAACAUUAAAGGCGCUCGAAACUACUCGUGCACAGAUUCUAAAUGUUCAAACAGAGGUGGAAAGGUUGCGGGAAGAGCUGGAGAAGAGCCAGGGCAGUCUGGACAAUGCUCAAAAAGAGAAGAAUGAACUGGAAUCGGAGAUUGUCUGUAUGAGACAAAACCUGGCCAACCUGGAGGAGGCCCAAGCCCAGGCUGUGCAGGAGAGGGAAGAGCUCAGGAGAAAAGAAGUGGAGAUGGAUGAACGGAUAAAACAAAUGGAACAAGUCUUAGAGGAGGAACUGGAGCAGUUUGAGAACCUGCUAAAAGCCAAAGAUGUUGAGUUGACUGAAGGGAGGGAGAAAUGGGAGGAAGAGAGGCAGGAGAAGGAUAAAGAGCUCCUUGAUGUGAAGCAUCACCUGGAGGAACAGAGGAGGGAGAUGGAGGAGGAGGUGAAGGCUCUCCUGGAGAAGCAGGUCUUGGCUGUUGAGGAGGCUACGGAAAGGCUCAAGACAUCUCACCAACAGGAGAUAAAAGACUUGGUGGAAAAACAUCAGCAAGAGAUUUCUCAGUCAAACACUGACCUAGAGUCAAAGCUGCUGAAGCAGCAGGCCAUUAUGGAGGAAGAACAGAAAAGACAGAUCAGCCUAAUCAAACAGGUGACUGAACGUGAACACGAGAGGAUGGUUUCAGAGCUGUCUGCCAAACACAAUGAAGAACUUAUUCAAUUGAGGGAAAGCAUGGAGGCUGCCCACCAGGCUGAACUGCAGCAGGCACAGGUCCAAAAGACAAGUGAGCUUGAAACCUUGCAUCUGAGCCUGACCAAUGUCCACAUGUCACAGCUGGAGCACUCCCAGGUAAACUUUCAGCAGGAGCAGGAAUCUACUCUCACCAAAGUCCAGACCUCCCUGAGGGAAACAUUUUCCCAGGAAAGUGCACUCCUGCAAGCCCGGCAUCAGUUAGAACUGGACCAGCUUAGAAAGCAGAACCAGGAACAGCAGGAGGAACUGCGUGAGCUGGAGAAACUGCGUGAGCUGCACCAACAAGACACAAAUGAGCUGAAGCAGCAGUGGGAGACUUCUGUUGCUCAGGAGAGAGCGGUCAUGGAAGAAAAGCAGGCCAAAGAGAUACAGGCUCUAAGGUCACAGUGGGAUAAAGACACUGAGAGCAACCAGUCAAACCUACAAACAUCUCUAUCAGAGACCCAGAACAGCCUUGCCGCCUCCCAGACCGAACUUGCCAGCAUCCAGGCCUCUCUCACCCAGACCAAAAAAGCUCUAACUGAAGCCCAGGCAGCUCUAUCUCAGACCCAAUCAGAGCUGCAGGAGUCACGGGCCAGGCUGGAAGAACUCCAGACCUCCAGUAAGGAGCAAAACCAGAAACAAGAGGAGGAGUUGAAACAAGCCUGGGCUGACAGAGACGCUGCUGCCCGUGCUCUCGAGGAGUUGGUUUUGAGUCAUAAGGCAGUGCUGCAGGAGAGAGAGCAACAAGCACUCCACCUAGAGGAGAAGGAACGCCAGCUGCAGCAAGAGGUUCUACGCCUACAGGAGGAGAAGACCCUGCUGAAACAGAGGUCAGAACAGGAAGUAGGUCAGCUGUGGACCCAGUUGGAGAGCAUGAGGACAAGUCGUCAAGAGUUGGGAGAGCUGAAGGAGCAGCUGCUCGCUCGCUCAUCUCGCGUUGACGACAUUGAGCGCCUUAAGACAGAGUUUAAUGAUCAAAAACAGGAAAUCAAAGAGCAGAAUGAGGCUGAGCUGGAAAGCCUGAGGAGGUACUUUGAGCAGCGAUUGCGGGUAACAGAGGAGAGCUACAGAGAGGAAAUUGCUCUGCUCCAACUGAGGCUGGUGGAAAGAGCCUUGGAGGAAUCUGUGUUAAAAACCACAGAUGACAGUUUCAUAUCUCAAGGCCAAGCUGAAGAGGAAGAAGAGCAUGUGCUUUCUGAUACUGGCCUCAAAUUGGAGAAACACAAGGAAGCGCUUGAAAGUUUGCACCUUCAGCUGGAGGAGAAACACACAAUGGAGCUUUCCGAUCUAAGAUCUUCAAUGGCUCUUUCCUUUAAGGAAGAGGUGCAACAGAUGCGCUCCGACCUCACUGACCACUACUAUGAUGAGCUGCAGGAAAUGAAGACUCGUCACGCACUGGAGCUGGAGCAACUCAGAGCCAAACUUUCUGACCGUCACUUACAAGAGAUUACCAGAGUUCGUUUGGAGGCAGCAAAGCAGGUUGAGGUGGAAGUGGAACAAAGGAUGUGGUGUCACACUGAGGAGCUGCAGACAAGGAUGACCAUCAUCCACAACCUGGAGGGCAGAUUGGCUGCCUUGAGUAAACAACAUGAUGCAGAAAUGCAAAGGAACACACAAAAGUUGAAACAGGAAUUUGCUGGGGAGCUCAUUCUUCUGGAGGAAUCUCUGAAACAAGAGCGAGAGCAUGUGCAGGAGGAGAUGAAGAAGCUGAGAGAAGAGCUCCAAGAGAAGCAUGAAGCUGAGCUCUCUGCCCUCAGAUCAGACCUUGACAGAGACACUGAAAAGGAGAGGACAUGCCUUGAAAAAGCACUUCACGAGGAGAAAGAGAAGUUAAAGUCUCUACAGGCUGCCCUGGACAGCGAUGAGAGUCCACAGGUCCUAAUAGUAAGGCAGAGACUGGAGGCCCAGUAUGACAGUGAGCUGCAAAGGGCAAAGAGCUGCAUGGCAGCAGAUAUCAAGGAACUCACUGCUCUCCUUCAGGAGCAGGGUGAGGAGCGGCUACACCAAGCCCAAGAGAGGUUCCAAGAGGAAAAAGCAGUGUUGGAGCAGAGUUUGGCCCAAAAAUAUGAAAUCUCUCUGGCGGAGCUAAAGAAAAAACAUCAAACUGAGCUGGAACAUGAAAGAGCAACACUACUGAACAAACACUCCCAAGAGAUGGACACACUCGGUGCCAAACACAAAGCACAACUAGAUUCACUCAGUGCCAGUCACACAGAUCAGCUUGCAGCUAUGGCCGUUGAGCUUGAAUCCAAACACAACGCUGAGCUUGUUGCCUUGGAAGCAGCCGUCAGUUCCAAACGAAAGGCAGACGUUGAAAGUCUGGAGGCCAUCUUUCAGGAGACCAACCAGGCUCAGCUGGAGGCUUUAGAAGCCGAGUUAGCUCGCAAACACCAGGAAGAGAGGGAUGAGCUGGAAAAGAGGAUGCUGGGUAAUAUGGACACUUUGGAGGCCACAUACCUGAAAGAAGUGCAAAGUCUGCGUGAUGAAAUGGUGCAACUUGAAGAGAAGCAUCGUCAAGACAUGAAUCGCCAGAAGUCAGAACAUCAGCAGACAAUGGAGCGCCAUUCUGCAGAGCAGCUAUCCAUGAGGGAGGAACUGAGGAAAGAGUUGGCUCAGGUGCACAUAGAGAAGUUUAGUGCCAUGGCAGCAGAGCUCAGCCAUGUUCACAAGACUGAGCUGGCUGCUCAAAAAGAGGCCUUAGAUACUGAACACUGCAGAGCCCUGGAGACCCUUAAGAAGCAGGUUUUAGAACUAGAGCAACAACACAGCACUGCUCUCCAGGAGCUCUCACAAACCUACACUGCAGAGAAAGAACAACUCAUCGAACAGCAUCAACUCCAGCUACAGGAGUUGAGGGGUGCCUCUGCGCGGGAAUUGGAGGCAUGUCGCAGAGAGCUUGACGAGGAGUCAUCAAGGCAACGUCAGCACUUCCUAGAGGAGGUGGAUCUCCUCAAAGUCCAAUCAGAGGAGAGACUACAGGACAGGAUUAAUCAACUGAUGACGGAGUUUGAAGAGCAGAAGCAGCGGAGCUUUGAGGACUCUGUGAGGCGGUGGCUGCAUCAGACGUGUUUGAUGGGAGGGAGCGGGAGGGAGAGGGAAAAAGAGAGGGAACAUGUUAAAGGCGAGGGAGAGAAUGAAGGGGUCGAAGAACGGAAGCUGCGAGCAGAAGUUGGUUGUCUGCAGGGAGAGUUGAAGGGAAAGAGUGCUGAGAUGGAGACUUUGGACACUCUCCUCCAACGAAGGGAACGAGAGAGUCAGGAGGGAGGCAACCUUCUAAAGAUGCUCACUGACGACUUACAGACUGCUAAAGAGGAAAGGUGUAAACUGCACCAGGCCAAUGAAAAGCUGAGGAAGGUGCUGAUUGAGAUGAUUCGCAGCACCAUCGCAACUGAAGAGCUGAUUGGACAAAAGAUCAGUGCCAGAGCCAAAACAUCUGAACAGUCGACCCACCAGAGGAGCUCAACAGGGAACAGAGAUGCACAAGAAUCAGGUAUUUCGGUUGCAGACUUGUCUGCAGAUGACAUGGAGCUGACCCACCUUCUUUGUGAAAGCCUGCUGGUUUCAGACACUCAGAUCAAUCCUGGGGGAGAAGAAGCAGCUCUGAAUGCCUGCAACAGACUGCGUCUCACUGUUGACACGCUGCUAGAGCUGCUGAACCAGGCCAACACACAGCUGGAGCAGACUCAUGAUUUCCACCUUUCUCUGGAGGAAAAGUUCUCACAGGGCAGAGAAGACUCCGCCCAUCUCCUUGAGCAGCACAAGCUCCUAUUGGAGCAGCUCGAUCAGGAGGCGAGGCUGAAGAGUCAACUCCAGCUGGAGCUCCACAAGGCAGAGGGGCUUCUGGAUGGCUAUGUGGCUGAGAAAGCAGUCCUGGAGGAAUCUUUGCAGCAGAAAGAGACACAAGAAGAGAGACUAGUGGAGGAACUGGAGGACCUGAAGGUGAAGCUGCACCAGAUGCAGGGCCUCACAGCAGAGUUGGACAGCCUCAGACUAAAGCACCAGGAGCUCAGUGAGGAGCACACACUUCUCCUGCGCCAGAAGGAGCAUCUCUCCGCUGGACUGGGGGAGAGGGAGAAAGGCCAUUGGCUCAGUUUAGAUCCUGAUACAGCUCUGCUGGCGGAGACGGAGCGUUUGACUCAGGAUAGGCUGGACUUGCAGCGGCAGGCUGAGAAAGACCGCAGCUCUCUAUCCCUGCGCCUCAGGGCCCUGGAGAGAGAGCUAGACGAGCAGGAAACAAAGGGCCUGGAGACAGAGCAGCACCACAAGACCCACACCGAAGACCUCAACCAGCGUGUCCAAGCACUUGAGAAACAGCUGAAACAUGACCGGCAGUUUAUAGAGGAGCAGGCUGUAGAGCGUGAACACGAGAGAGACGAGUUCCAGCAGGAGAUCCGAAGGCUGGAGGCCCAACUCAGACAGACAGCCAGUGUGGAUAACAAAGGACACAGGUUUGAGGACUUGGUUCUUCAGGUGGAGAGUCUACAAGCUAUGAUCAAAGACAAAACAGAGGACCAUGCCUCCUUGUUCACAGCCAAUCAGCAAGCCCAGCGCGACCUUGCAGAACGCAAUGAGGAGAUAGACAAGCUAGCCGGGCGAAUCCGAGAGCUAGAGCAAGCGCUGCUUAACAGCACUGAGAGUAAUAGAUCUAUGAGUCAACUGGAACAAGAGCUCCACAGAGCAAAGUUGAGAGAACAGGAGCUCACACAAGAUAAGCAGGCACUGGAGCAGCAGCAGCUCGCUAACAGGCUUCAGAUCUCUGCCUUGCAGUCCAAACUGGAUGAGACGAGACACUGUUACCAUGACAACGCGCGUGACCCCACUCAGGAGCUUAGGGAUGCCCUGGACACCGCUCAGCAGGGCCUACACAGCAAAGAGCAAGAGGUUGAGGUCCUGCUUGGCCAACUAGACAAUGUGCAGAGGGACUUGAACAUCAAAGAGGUUGAACUAAAACACCUCACCUUACAGCUAGAGCUACUGACCAAUCAGAAUACAGCUAAUGUUAACGAGCUCCAAGAACAGAUUGCUGCCCUAAAGGAGAAUGUCUCUGCUCUCACCAUACUGAAGGAGGAGAAAGAGGAACAAAGUGAGUUGGAGGACACAGAGGAAGAGACCCUCCCCGCAGCAUUACUCCAGGAGAAAAAUCAGGAGAUCGACCACCUCAACAAUGAGAUCCAAACACUGGAACAAGAGCUGGAGAACACCAGGGACAAUAAGGUUUUGGAGGCUGAGCUUGAGGACCUGCGCUCACAGGUGGAACACCUUCAGUCUGAGAUUAUGAGAGUGCGUGAGGACAAACAGGAAGAGGAGGAGCGCCUUCAUGAGGUCAUCAGCACACUGCAGGCGGAACUCGCUACAUUGGGCCCCAACCUGCAUGAAGUCAGUGACUCUCAGGAUGGCGACAGCAUCAAUCCCUCACCGGCCCCCAGCCCCGAACCUCACCACUAUACCAUCCAGGAACAAGAGCGUAAGGGAGGCCCGAACAGCCUGAAGCAAGAGCUCAGUUUGACUCAUUCUGCCUCGUCUCGUUCCCUUCGAUCUCGUCUGAAGGCCCUUCAGAGUCAGCUGGAGACUGCGGUGGCUGAGAAAGAAGGACUGGAGCGAUUACUGCUCACCCAGGAGGAAGAGUACAGAGGACAUGGUGAGGAGUUCGGAAAGAGGCUGAAGGCUGAGAGGGAGAAGGCAGAUGAACUCCAGGGUCUCCUCACCAUCAAAGAAGCUGAGCUGGAGGAAAUCAAAGCCCAGAUAGAAGUGGAGAGAGAGAAGAGGAAGCUAUCUGAAGAGGAGAGGGACAGCUGCAAAAUUCAACCCGAAGAGAUGAGCGCCCUACACGAGAAGAACGGCCAACUCAACUCUCUGAUCACGGAACUCCAAAAGAAAGAACAGGAGCGUGUGAGUGAGAUCCAGACUCUAAAAACAAAGGAGCAGGAGAUGAAAACAGAAAUGGAAGUCCUCAGAGAAACCAGUCUCACUCUUGAGAGACAAAUCCAGGAGGUGCGAGCCGAGGUGGUAGAAAUGGAGGAACUGGUUGCUGAGGAAAGAACAAAGAUCAAAAACCUUGAGACUGCAAAGGGAGAACUUUCUGCUGAACGGGAGGCGCUGAGGAGAAGGGAGGCGAAACUCCAGGAGGAUAUUAAAAGGCUCAGACAGGAAGUGACUUCAAUGAGAGCUUGUAUCCAGGACCUGACAGCUCAGCUUAAUGAGAAGGAAACCAGCCAAGAAGAGGCUCACAAGGAAGUGCUGACUCAUGCUGAGGUGACCCUGGCUAAAGCAGACGCUGCCUUGAGACAGAAGGAGGCUGAGCUUGCCAGACUGAGUACCGAGCAUCAGGCUCUGAGGGCGGAGCUGACUGCGGUGAAACAGGGUUUAAGUUCCAGUACAGAAAGAGCUGAGAAACUACAUGAGGAAGGACAGACCAAAGACCUUGCCCUCGUAGACCUGGAGACUGAUAACCAGAGGCUGAAAGAGCAGCUUCAAGGUUUACAAGAAGAUUUGGCUGUACAGGAAGAGGAACUGGCCUAUCGGCAAAGAGAACUACAGCAACUCAGACAACACUGUCAACAGCAGGACACGCUUCCUCACCAACAAGGAUACACCAACAAGGAUAUUUCUCACAGAGCUUUUGAGGACAUUGUAAGCGUCUCUCGAGAAGAAGCAUCACUGAGCUCUCCAGAGGUUUUAAGGAGACUCGAAUGCUCCGAAGACAGAAUCCCAGAACGGUUCCACGCCUCUGUUCUCGGCUCUCGUCUGUCUGAGAUCAGUGCUCUGAACAGCACGGACCUGGAUCUCCUCCAGGUCAAGACCUCUCCCAGGGUGGUGAUGGAGCCUCCACACUCCAGGACCAUCACACCAGAUCCAGCCACACACAGUACCCACUCCCCAGGCUCCAUGUCUGACAACUUCUCUAUGCUCGACUCACUGGACACUGACAAAGUACGUGAGUUGGAAGAACUUGACCUAACAGCGCCUCCUUCUCCUCUCGGCUCCACCUCCUCUUUGUCGGCACCAGAAUGGGCCAGUGAUGGAUAUGGCAGCAAUGUGAGUUCAGAAUUGGGUGCGAGGUUGAAAGUGGAGCUGGAACAGACUGAAAGGCUGGAUGCUCAGUUUGUUGAGUAUCUCCGCUGCAGAGGAAUUAACCCUACAGUUAACACAGAUAGUGCUGCAGGCAGUAUGAGCUACAGUGAUGACCUGUUGUCACCUGAGCUUCAGGCUCUGUUGAAGAAAGUGUAUCAAGAAAGCUGCAGAAUUCUCACUUUGUCCCAGCGUCGUUUUACUUCCUCAACCCAUCCUCAUGUCUCAGACUUAAAAGCCUUCUCAUUGAGUCACACACAGCACCGUUCUGAAGAUAGCUCCACCCUACUGGACCACCGGGACAAAUCAUCCUCCAACCCCCCCAUGAGCUGGGAGCAGGAGAAGAGGGCACUGCAGGAGACUGUGAUUGCUCUCCGAGAGCUGCUCUGUCGAAUGGCACAGAGACAUACUCAAACUGACUACAGAGGUGAUGAUGACUGGCACAGAGAUCAACUCUGUGGACAGUUUGAGUUCCAACUGAGGGCAGAGCUGGAUGAGAGCCAGAAACAACUGAAAUGUGCUUUCGACACUCAGCAAGAGCAAAAGAACAAAAUACAGUCACUCAGGUUGGCUCUAGAAGAAUGUGAGGAGGCCUUGAGGAGGGAGCAGACCAGAGUCCAGGAGCUUCAACAACAACUGGAGCAGGAGAGAGCUCUGAGUCUCCGUAAGGACCGAGAGGAGGAGGAAAGGAGAGGGGCUGUGCAAGUAUCUUCUGAGCAGCAGAGGUCAGAGGUCAUGACUCUGAAGGGUCAGGUGGAGCAGGAGAGGGUGGCCUGCAGCAACCUCAGACAGGAGCUUCAGAUUGAACAGUCCCGCAGUGUGCUGCUGGAGAAACGUCUAGACGACACCCAGAAGGAGCUAGAAGAUGAACGCCAACUUUCCGUUCACCAACGAGAAGUCAGCUUGCAAGAAAAGACUCGUCUUGAGCGCCUCCUGACUGAAGGAGAAUCUCGCACGGCAGAAAUUCACUCUAAGCUCGCAGACGCUCACAGGAAGCUUGAUGAAGAGAGGGACCGUUACUCCAGGCAGGUGGAUGAACUCAGCCGUAGACACAAGGCGGAUGCAGACAGAGAAAGGAAGUUCAUCUCCGACAUGCGCGCCCAGCUAGAGCAGGAGAGAAGGCAGGGGGAGGAGCUGGCAUCUGUGAUGGACAAACUUAGGGCUGAGCUACUGCAAAGCAAAAGGAAAUGGGAAGAGGAGGACAGAACUAGGAGGGAGGAGCUGCAGAGGAUGCAGGAGGCCGCCACCCGACAUCGUGUAGCUAUGGAGACUUUGAAGGAGCAGAAACAGGAAGCCACCCGUGCUUUAGAGGUGGAGCGAGAGCGGUCCAGAUGCCAUGGGGUGGAGCUGGCUGAGCUGAAGGAGAGACUGCGACUGCUGAAGGACAAAGAGAGGGAGAGGGAGGAGCAAUGGGAGAGAGAGAGGAGGAAUGGGAGGCAAGAGCAGAUGGAGAGGGAGAGACGACAGGAGAGGACCAAUAGCAAACUGUGUGAGUUGGAGUUGUUGAGGCAACAGGACCAGCAGCGCAUGCAAGAGCUGCAGCGUACUCUGGCCGACCUGGAAAGAGAGGAGAGAGAGAUGGCUGCUCAGAGGCUGUCUGGACGAACUACAGGGCAGCAACACAAGGCUGAAUCCCCGCAGCAUCUCCACAGCAACUUCCAGACAGGCAGCACACAGCAAAGCCAGCAGAUGCCGUCCAUGCCGUCGUCACCCAAUCUGCUGGAAAGGUUGUUGAAGGAGAACUCGGAGCUGACGGAGCGUGUGACAUCACUAAGUCAGGAGAGAGCCACCCUUAGACAUAGACUCACGGGCCUGGAGCGCCAGCUGCGGCGCACAGAGAAUGAGCUUGCCAAGGUCGCCACAGAAACUGAAAACAGACCCAUCAGUGACGUGAUCAGCAACAGCAAGGUGCAGCGUUUGUAUGAGCGCUACCUGCGGGCUGAGAGCUUCAGGAAAGCUCUAGUGUACCAGAAACGUUAUCUGCUGCUGCUGUUGGGAGGUUUCCAGGAGUGCGAGCAGGCCACACUGUGUCUCAUCGCCCAUAUGGGGGUACGUCCGUCUCCCCCACUCUCCUCCCAGCGCAGACCCCUCGGACGAUUUAGAGCUGCUGUACGAGUUGUCAUUGCUGUCUCAAGAAUGAGGUUCCUGACCAGGAAAUGGCAAAAAGCAAUCAGACGAUUAUCUGUAUCUGGGACUGUUAAUGGGCAUGCUGCAGGACCUAAAGCUGAAGUUUUAAGGCAACAACAGCCGAGAUUAAAUACUGACUCGCCACCAUAUAGAGACAGCAGUGCUGUUCACAGAGACACAGUGUCCGCCCUCGUUCCACCCACCAAAUCACCUUUCAGGUUGCACAACAGGUCGUUCUCCAGCACCAGUCCGGCCUCGGGGCAUACAGGAGGAACAUCUCAGGAUCCAGAACGAUCCCUGACAGAAUAUAUCCACCAUCUAGAGAAAGUCCAGCAGCGGUUGGCGGGAGCCCGGCAAGGUUCGUCUGUUCUCCAGCCUGACCCGAAGUUGUUCGACCACUGAAAGCGUCCCCCUGUCUGCAUAUCGUCACUAAACUGUCCAUGCCUUACACCCAUGUAGAAAUAUGUAGAAAGGAAUAUAUCACACCUGUUGAAUUAUUUGAUGACAUGUGAUUUUUUUUUUUUUAUGAGUACAUAAAUUAUUUUAAAAUGUUUUCUAUUCUCUGUACUUCAGUAUUUUGAAGGUCACUCUUGGAUUGCAAGAACAAAUGUUUCAUUAUUUUAAAUGGGUCUGCUUGUUAUUUUUCUACUAAUGUUUUAUACCCUUUUGUGCUACUGUAUGUAAAUAGGACCGAUGUUCAUUGCACAUGUGUCCAAAUUUGCACUGGUUUUUAUACUUGAAAUCCAACUUUGAAAAUCAACUUAGCUAGUGAGUGCUUUAUUGCAUAAAGGUGAACCUAUUGUGUUUUUUGUAUUAUCUAUGUUUGUACCAUAAAGUUGAUAAAUAUUUUAAAUCUGUGCUUACAAACUAAA